AUGCCGUCCGAGGAGUUCGGUCCACCGACCACCAGCUUGCGGUACGACUCCAUCAAGCAUCAGGGCAGACGCCGGCCGACUUCCAUGUUGAGGCCGACGGCCGGGCAGUCACAAAGGCACUCUGGUCGGCUGGAUCGAUUUUGUGGAAAUCCAGGCCUGCUCUCGACCGUGAACGACUUUUUGAAAACGGAAGCUAUCGCUGACGAGACUCGUUCAUCGGCGGGCCUUCCUAAAUCUCCACAAGCGGCCGGGCCCGAAGAGCUCGCGGUGUGGGGAACACUCUGCGGGAACCUACCCGUCAACUUUGGGCAAGACUCCGGGGGAGAAGACUGUGAGUGGAGGAUCGUCAACCCGGAUACUCACUUUGAAUCCUACACUCGAUGGAACCGCCUCGUUGGGGAUGCACCAGCUCAGUGCCUGGCGGAUAAGGCAGUGUCCGAGAAUGCUCUUUUGGCUAAUGCAUUCGGGUGA